GUAUGAAGUCCGACGACCUGUCAUUAGCAGUAAGGAGGCUUGAUCACAUAAACGAUUUUUUAAAGUGCACUAUCGCAACCAAUUGAAAUAAUCUGAAUAUUAAGAUUAGCUUGUACUUGGAAUCUGCUUGGGUGCUAUGUAAUUCUGUUUUAUUAAGUAGCUAAAAAUUGAAUUAUGGCUAUCGGUACAACUGGUAUACAGUGGUUGGAUUUGCUUGAAUCUGAGUUUGAUAAGUCAUUCGUCGACUUGGAUAUGCUUAUUGGAGAAAUAGAUGAGGACCAAAUAGAAAUAAUAUAUGCUGCACGUCAAAAAUUAACUGCUUUGAGCACAGCGUUUGCUCAAUUAUCGCAUAAAUCUCAAGUGGUAUUUGAAAAUAGCAUGAAACUAGAGAAAGAACUAAUAAAUACUAGACAAGAAUUAUGUGAAGCUCAAGCUGCCAGAAUGGCUCUUCAGAAAGAGUUGCAGCAUUUGCUACUUCAGCUGCAUUCUGCUCAGUUACAAGUAUCUGCACAAAUGGGACAUGCUGAAGAUUCUGAAGCUAUACAACAAAAAUUAGAAAAUGAAAUGGAGAAUUACAGGUCUAACAUCUACAAAGAUACUCUUACAGAAUCUCAAAUUUAUCAAUUGAAAAGGGAGAAUGAGCUUCUGAGACAGUGCAAUGUGGCCCUUCAAAGUGAAGUGUUUGGCUCCAGGCUUGCUGCAAAAUAUCUGGACAAAGAAUUGGCUGGAAGGAUUCAACAGAUACAAUUGCUAGGGCGAGAUUUGAAAUGUAGCGAUCACAAUCGUUUAUGGGAGCAACUAGAAGCAGAAAUUCAUCUACAUCGUCAUAAAACUGUCAUACGGGCAUGCAGAGCUCAGAAAGGUUUAGAUUCGAAAUUGCUUUAUCCACCUGGUCAUGAUUUUAACAUGUUAAGGAAAAAGCAAGGUGUGGGAGAAAUUCGUGUUGUUGAAUUAGAGAAAAAAGAAAAUGAGGGCUUAGGUAUUUCUAUUACAGGAGGAAGGGAACAUGCUGUGCCAAUAGUUAUAUCAGAAAUUCAUCCACAUUUGCCUGCCUGGAGAAGUGGGAAACUCUUCAUAGGUGAUGCAAUAUUGUCUGUGAAUGGAAUAGAUUUAAGAAAUAUGCGUCACAUGGAGGCAGCUCAAGUUCUUUCCAAUCAACAAGGACAAAUUAAGUUGGAAGUUGUGUUUGUGUCUCCAGAUGAGGAAUGGAAUGAUGAAACAGAAAAUGGUGAUUUUCAGUUUAACUAUCCUUUUUAUAAUUAUCACACAACUUGCCAGCUGUCCAAGUUCCUCAAUAAAAAUAUGACUGAUAAAGGGACUGAUCCUAUAGAGUCAUUUGAAUCCAAUAGUACAAAUGAUAUUUCAUCUCUAAAUAACAAUCCAUCGGAACCGGAACUUGCUGAUGCUAUUACUGAUGAAAAAGUCAAAGAAAGUAUGUCUGAAAAUGCAGAAAAGUCAGAAGAAGAAUCUCAAUCAAGCCACAGUUCCCCUAGCUUAGGUAGAAAUUCAGAUAAGGAAAAUGAAAUAGAAACUGUAAUUGUAGACAGGCAUGCCUUAAAUAGUGUAUGGCGUUCUUUGAUGUUUGAGAAGGGAAAGAGCGAGGGAUACAAGUGACGAUUGAAUUAAUAUAGGAAAAUUUCUAUAGGCCUGCUACAAAAGUAUCAUAUAUUUAUAUUUUUAAUUCCUUUCUGAAAAUAUUGCAUUUGUUGCUUCAUGUGGACAUUUUCUAGUGAUAUUUAUGAUGCCAGUCUUCUGAAUUACAACUUCCAAAAAUAUAAUGGUUCCCUGAGUUUAGAAGAAUUUUUAUUACACAUGUUGUUGUUUCCACUGUUAAUUAAUGCACUAAUAUAAAAUUCCUAAGUUAUUAUGGAAUUUUUUUAAUGAUCAAAUAUUUUUUAAUUAAAAAUUAAUCAAAAGUUUUAAAUUUGAAAAUUUUAAUUAAGAAAGUAGUAUGUUCUUUUCACUAAUUUUGUAAUUCAAUGAAAUGAUACAGUUAAAAAAUUUUGUGAUGUUUGUUUAGAAAGUAAAUAUGACAGUGUUCUAUAAAAAUAUUCCAUUUAAAAAUGCUUAUGAACAUAUUUAUUCAUUCUUUUAAGUUAACAGAAUUAGAAAUAGUCAAAACAUUAUUUCAAUAAAUAUUUCUAACAGCAAAAAAGAAAGUAAUACUUUUUUCUUUUCUUUACUAGUUGCUUUAUGUUUACGUUACCUACAAACUGUAUAUAAAAAUUCCUUAUUGAUGAAAGUGAUCCAUUUGCAUCUUUAUGAAAUAGUGAAUAAUUUUUUUAGAGUAACUAUCUAGCUAUUCUAAUCACUCUUUUAGCUUUGUUGUGGAAAAAUGUAAAUAUUUGUUUCUCUAAAAAUUUUAUUUGUAGAAGUGGGCUGUUAUUAAGGCAUCAAAAUGCAGUGAAAUCAUUGGUAUAGUUUGUUUUGUCCAAAGAAAUGUUGUUUACUGUUAAUGCAGUUAUUUUGAGCAGUAUAACUCAAUGAAAAUUACUUUUUAUUGCAUUUGAACAGGGUUUCUUAAACUACAUAUCCUAAUAUCUGACAGAAAGUGAGAAUGGAAUUUCGGAUCUUAAAAACUUUUGGCAGUAAAAUUCAUUUAAAGAUUAAACAUAACCUAUGAAGAAUAGAAAUUGUCCUUUGUUGUGAAUCGUCAAACAAUCAGCAAAAUUGAACUAUUCACUCAGGAUCAUUUUUUUUAAUUCAUGAAAUGAUAGUAGUAGAUAAAAAUAUGAGCACUUGAAAUAUUUUAAAGAUAUCAAAACUUUUUUGUUUCUUAAAAUAGAUUUGCAUUGAAAGUAUUUAAAUAGUAAUAAAUGGGAAAACUUACAGAAAUCCUAUGUUUAAGUACAGUGUAUUUAAAAUUGUAAUGAUCAUUGAUUUUCAUUUAAUUUAAAAUAAUGAGUCAGAAACUUGCAUUUUUGAGUUAUUAUAUAAUGGCAUACUUUUCAGAAAUUCUAUAAUGUGAAAAAUUCAAAUUUUUUUAUUUGAUGGUUGUUAUGCUGGAUUGAGUUAUAAUUAUAAACAUCAUGUAUUGAGCAGAAAUUAUUUAAAAUUUUUAUAUCCACUGUAUUAUGAAAACUACAUUUAUAUAUUCAUAAAUAUGUGCAAUUAUAUUUUACUUUGAUUUUUUUUAUAUGUGCUUAUGUAUCAUACCAAUUUAUUUUUGGAAUCCAUUGUGCAUCUUGCAGAAAAGGGUGAAGAAUAUCACAGUAUAGCAAUAUGCGACAAUUGUGAUUUCAUGUGAAUCGUAUGCAGUGCUGGAUUGAUAAAAACUGCGUUAUGCAAGUUUUUUUAUUUUAAAAUUGUUUUCUAAAGGUGCUGAAAAAUCGAUCAAAUAUUCGGUAAUGAAAUUAAAAUACUUUCAGGUAGACCAUUAUUGUAAUGUUUGUUUCAUUAUUUUUAUAAAUAAAUAAAUACAUUUGUAAUG